AUGAUAGAAGACAAUCUAAUUGAACUGGGGACAAUGCAGGAAUUCAAGGAUAGUAUGUUUAAUAUCCUUAAAAACUAUGACAGUAAAGCAUGCAAUUUGAUGAUAUCGGGUGGAUCCAUCAUAAAAUGCUUGGAUUGUGAUCAACUUGAAACACUCGAUACUUUACAGUGGAAAAUAUUCUUUUGUGAUGAAAGAUGUGAAGAAAAACAUUCAAAUUUCAAGUCGGCCUCGUCAUUUCUCGAGAAGAUUAGAGGAGAGGUAUUUCCUAUUAAAAUACUUGCCAAUUCAGAAGAAAGUGCAAAGAACUAUGAAGAUAUUCUAAAAAAGAAUAUUCAUAAGAUUGAUGUUUGUCUGCUAGGCAUUGGUGAAAAUGGUCAUAUUUGUUCUUUAUGGCCAAAUUCAGAAAGUUUGAACAGUAAAGCAUUGGUUGAACGAGUAGAAGUUGAUUGUAAUGCGUCGUCAGUGAGAAUCACAGUAACACUCUGCUUCAUCAAUCAAUUUGUCAAAAACCUCAUUUUUGUUAUUCCACCAAAAAACGGAAAAUCAAAAGGAAUAAAAAAACCAGAUAAAAGUAUUAUAGAAAGAUUAAAGGUGGGCUAUAAAGUGUACUUUAUGAAAUAUUAA